GAAAAUUCGAUAAUUUUCAUUGUUUUUUCCAGAUUUUUCCGAUGAUUUUUCUAUUGUUUUUGUUGAUUGUGACAUCGGAACAGGCGCCAGCUCUUCCGUCUCUUGGACUGCUCAGUGGAUCUGAUGGGGUACUCGUAAAAGAGUACAUUAAUGCUAUUACAGCAUAUGGUCCAGGAUUGGGAGUUUAUUCUCCAUAUAGUUAUGUGGAUGUUUCCUAUGACAACAUUCCAUUCGUGGGAAAAAUUCCUAUUAUUGGAAAAGACGGAACAUCCUCAAGACUAGGUGUGUCUCCAUUCUAUCCUGCAGAUGGAAACCCAUCAAAUCCGUUCCCACCUAUAUAUAAAGCUCGUCCUCUACCUCUUCAUGUCCCAGAGCCACAAGACGUCGUAGCCGUUCCAUUAGAUGAAGAAGCUCUUCACGGAGAACCACUAUUCCCGCCAGAGCUCAUUCUUCCGAGUGAACUGGCUGCAGAAGAAGCGGCAAAGAAAAAGGCUUUGGAGACAAAGAAACCUGAGAAUCCAUUUGCUGACGUUGUUGAAACCAAUGAGCAGUUGGAUACUGUACAUUGGCCAACGGCAGUGAGUACAUCAGAGAUAGAAGGAGAGGACUCACAGGGAAAGAAUAUGGUUCAAGAAGAUGAACCACAACGCUCAGUAAUAAUCGAUGAAGCGAGAGAGAAACCCAUGCAGCCAUUUGAAGCAGCCAAGAUAUCAAUUGGUGCGAACGACCGGCCGAAGAACCCAUUCCGGUCCCGACGAAUUCUCAUGGAGAGGUUCUAAAUACUUUUAUUUAAAUAAUUUAUUUCCAAUAAUAUUAACAAAAAUGUAAAUAAACGAAUUUUCAAUAAACCAGAGAUUAUUUGGAGAUCA